AUGUUGGAGGAUAUCACCACGUCCGAAGCUUUCAAGAACAAGAUGGAGCAGAUGCUUACGGCUUUCUCCAAGCACGAUGAGUGGCAUUACAUCAGCAUGGAUGCCACUCUCAAGUUGUGCAUGAAAAUCAUGGGACAGGCUCCUUACAGAGCUUCCAAGCAAGUUCGGAACGACGCUCCGUUCGGGGACGACGUGGCAUGGCGGCGGCUCUUGACCGUGCGGGGUCGCACCGGAGCUGUCCUUCUCAUGGAACCUCUUCCAAAGGAAUCAUCGGACUACAUCGUCGGCGCCAUCUCGGAUAACUUUUCGGAAGCUCAACUCGUCUCAGUGCACUAUGUAGGAACAGACAGUCCAUCGGAAAAGCUGUAUACAGAAUUACGGUCUGUAUGCCCGAAUUUGCGAGCGCUCAUGCUGGACCCCAUUCAUCUUGCCAUUGUAUAUGAGUACGGGUUCUGGAAUAAGAAGAGUCCUGGCUCCAAGAAGCUGCGACACAUCCUGCGAAAGUGCACGGCCGUCGACGAAAGGGUCGAUGCAAGACACUGGCUUGCAUUCUACGACGGUGCAAUGGCCAGGCCAUUGAACGAGGAGGAGGUGAAGUAUCGUGAUAUGAUAUUGGAUUUCUCCAUGUCAGAGCGUGACGCCAGCAGCAUCCUGGAUCAUGUACAAGAGGAUCAACCUUUCCUCCACAGACUUGAUUUCAUAAAAUCGAUUGCUGCCCUAUGCCGACGAUACAAAGGCGAGGUCGUCCGGAAGGCUCCUGGGCCUAACAAAGAAAUAUAUCGCAUUUUGUGGUCUGCGUGCGCACCAGAUCGGGUGGAAUGGCUGAUGAACAAUGUGAGAGUGCGGCACUCUAUGCAUGCAUCAUACUUAUGGUUCCUUCCGAGCGGCACUGCCAGUAAUGAGGCCUUGCACGCAGAAGUUAACUCAUGGACGCGGAGCAUUAACGUGAUGCACCGGUCCACACUCGCUUUGAAGCUUCGUUAUUUCAAGUAUAUCAAGAUGCUCACUCACUACCUCGCGACAGAGCAUCCUAUGUCGCAUGUGGUUAGUGCCAACAUGCUGAUAGGUAGAUCGCUGCAUGAGUCGCUGUGGAGCGUACCCGAAUGGGAUGCGUGGUGCAGCGAGCAGCACACGGAUGGAGUGCAGAGCAAAGCUCGACUUCAACUUGCCAAGUCCAGGCAAUCCGAAGUCAAAUUGGUGCGGAACUGGGCUAUGAAGACUAUGAAGAAGCCCGCUGCGAAAUCUUCCAAGCCUCAGAAGAGGAAACACUUUCAUGCCAAGUCUGCCUUCCUGGAGGUCCUGCAGCUCCUGAACCAGAUUGUGGGACUGCGCAGACUGCUUCACCUUGGCCAAGCCAACCUCUGGAUCUGUUCCUACGCCAUCCUGAUCUGCUUGAACUCCGUGGUGACCCCACUACUGCACCUGUCUUCAAGCGUGCAGCGCAACACGUUCUUUCUGGUGCUCUUCGAUGCGUUCGUCGAUGCCAUGUUCGGAGCGGUCUUGCCAGCUUGCAUGGUGGCAGAAGUUGCGUACAAAUACCAGAUGGGUAUCGAUUUCGAAUUUGUCCCACAUGACGCCAAGUUCGUGCAGGCGUUUCUGAUCGGAGGGCGGCUGGUGCCCACGUCGCCGCUACAACUCGUUGCCCUCAUUUGGCCUUACAUCUCCCUCUGGGUGACUUGA